ACGUGUUAUCGUGUAAAGUAAACAAAUGAUCUCAUUUAAAAUUUAGUUGCAAAAAAAUAGGAUCACAAUUCACAGAUUGUGGAUAAUAAUUUAGAUUAAUGCCUUAAAUAGAAUAUACUAAAAAUAUACCCUACGAUUAAGUUUCGUAAUUUCUUGAAGUGGAUUUCUUUUUUUUUCUGGAAAAGAAUACUUUUGUCUUGUCCAAUUUAAAAUAAGUACAUAUAUUAUGACUAAUAAAUGAUAUAGCAAAAACUUUAACAAAGAUUUUGAAAGAUUAACACAUAUAUUAUUAUUUUAGUAUGUAACUGGUAAAAUCUACUAUUCUACAUCACAUUUAUAAUUUUAGUAUUUACCACAUAUACUUCCUUUAUGUGUAUAGCUCAUAUAAAUAUUUAAAAGUGGCUCAAAAAUAAUUUACUACUUUUGCAAUUGAAUUAAAUAAAGUAUAAAGAAAUUUAAGAAAGUUUACCGGUUCAAAUGAUAACGAUAAUAUUUGAAGAUUUAGUCUAAAUCUGAAUUUGUUGAUUUAGUCUUACACUACAAAAUCAAAAAGAGUAUAAUGUCAAAAAUAGUAAAUCAAACAGAUAUCUACGAGAUCUUAUUUAUUUAUUUGAAAAUUACUGUGAUCCAAAGUUGUUAGAGAAAAAAACACAGCAAAAAAAAACAGAAAACGUUACUCCCUUUAUUCUACCAUUCUCUCUAUUCACUGUGUGAUAUUGAGCCUCCACUUUCCUUUCAAUGGCCUAAACAACAGGUUUAACUAAUCAGUAUAUAAAUGAAGAUGGGUGAGUUUCGAGAAUCUUCAUCUCCUCUAAGAACACCGUCUCAUUCUCCUAACCAAAGUCUUCCCCGUCCAAACUACGUUCAUGGAGACUUCUCUCCCAGCAACAACAGAUUCUCUUUCAACUCAUCGUCGGAUUUUUCACUCUCGAGCUCCUUCUCUAACGGAUUCUAUUCCUCCGACGAUAGCUCUGCCUCUCCUCCGUUUAACGGACUUAUCCCUAACUACAAUCACUCCUCUCCUCCGUUCACUUACCAUCACCAUGACAAGAGUGUUAACGGUGAUGAUUUUGGUCUGUGCAACGAUCUCUACCGUAUGAAAAUCAAAGAAGAUGUCGUCCAAGAAGAUCCUCUCGCAUCCUUUCUUGAGACGAAUCACACUGGCUCAUCUCUAGAUCCACUCUAUUUCUCACACUAUGAGCCGAGGAACAACGGUGGGUUUUUCCACACGCAAAAGGAGCCAUUUGACACGUGGUUCAACAACGACCAAACCGAAGACAAGAGAGACAUGUUUGGUCAUCAAACUCAAGAUUCCAUAGCCAACUCUCGUCAAUUUGGAUGGCCUAGCUACCCAACCAGCAACAGUCCUUACAUCAACGGUCAGGAGAUGUUAGGGUUAGGUAUGAAUCUUGGAGGAGGGUUAACAAGAGUACACUCAGCUUACUACAGAACACCAACAACAACAUCAUCAGACAUGUUGCCAUUGUUCUGCCAAGGAGCUCAGGCUUCUAAAGUCUCCGAACCAUUUACCUCUGAUGAGAGUUUCUUCAUGGAACCUCAGAGAAUCGGUGUUACUCGAGGAUUGAUGUCUGAUCCUACAGAGAUAUGUCACACGAGUCUACCUAACGUGUGUGACAUUCAAGGAUAUGUCUACUUGAUGGCUAAAGACCAACACGGAUGUAGAUUCUUGCAGAGGAUAUUCGAUGAAGGAACUCCUGUUGACGCCAUGAUAAUAUUCAAUGAAGUGAUCUCUCAUGUCGUUGAGCUUAUGAUGGAUCCUUUUGGGAAUUACUUGAUGCAGAAGCUUCUAGAUGUUUGUACUGAGGAGCAGAGGACGCAGAUCGUGCUUGUGGCUACUGCUGAGCCUGGUCAACUUAUCAGGAUAUCUCUCAACGCAUACGGUACUCGAGUUGUUCAGAGAUUAGUGGAAACUAUCAGAACAGGAAAGCAAGUUUCUAUGGUGAAAUCUGCGUUGAGACCUGGUUUUCUUGAUUUGAUCAAGGAUUUAAAUGGAAACCAUGUUAUUCAACGUUGCUUGCAGUGCCUUGGCACUGAAGAUAACAAGUUUAUCUUUGAUGCAGCGACAAAGUUCUGUACUGAGAUUGCAACACAUCGACAUGGUUGUUGUGUGCUCCAAAAAUGCAUUGCUUAUUCAAUGAGGCAACAAAGAGAGAAGCUGAUCGCUGAGAUCUCUAGAAACAGUCUCCUUCUUGCUCAAGACCCCUUUGGGAACUACGCAGUGCAGUUCGUUAUAGAACUGAGGAUUCCAUCAGCGGUAGCUAUGAUGUUGGCUCAGUUAAAAGGGCAUUACGUUCAGCUAUCCAUGCAGAAGUUCAGUAGCCACAUGGUGGAAAGAUGUCUCAUGCAUUGUCCAGAGAGUCGUCCACAGAUAGUGCGUGAGCUUGUCUCUGUUCCUCACUUUGAUCACCUUCUUCAAGACCCUUACGCCAACUUCGUCAUCCAAGCGGCUCUUGCCGCCACAAAGGGUCCACUCCAUGCUUCACUAGUGGAAGUGAUAAGGCCACAUUCGAUUCUGCGUAAUAAUCCAUAUUGCAAGAGGAUUUUCUCGAGGAAUCUACUGAAGAAGUGAAAGGGUAUGCUGCUGAGUCUGUAAUUUCAAGAGUCUGUUGUUGUUCUUACUCAUCAAGCUUUGUUCGUUCUUAUGAAUAAUAAUCUCUGGAUAGAGUGUGAUCUUGGAUCCAGAGAUUAAGAGCUCUCAUUGUUGUUUUCUUUGUUUCUAUUGUAUUGUUCUGUUGUUUCUUUUGUUGUUUUUUUGUCUUGUCUCUGCUAUUUCAUGUUGUAACAAACCGUGUUUCUUAACCCGGUUUAGUCUUUGAAUAAAUUCUCAAUAAAUUCUUAUUUGUAUCAA